GGAUGUUUGGUAGGCGUUUUCUGAUUGGCUGGGAAUAAUUUAGUUGACCUUGACCGGAGUUUUCAAGAUGGCGACAGCAUGCAAGGUUUUGACAAGGUUGUCCGGCCUCGGACGACCUGGCCAUGUUCGUCACAUGUACACCGCCACACGGCCAAACCUCUUGAUAGGUUCCCACACAAAGCUUAUCUGCCAGGGCUUCACCGGCAAACAGGGUACCUUCCACAGCCAACAGGCUAUUGAGUAUGGCUCCCAGAUGGUUGGUGGAGUGUCUCCAGCCAAGGCUGGACAGACCCAUCUCGGACUCCCAGUCUUCGGCUCUGUAAAGGAGGCUAGGGAAAAGACGGGUGCAGAUGCUACAGUGGUUUUCGUACCCCCACGUUAUGCUGCUCCAGCCAUCUUAGAAGCCAUCGAUGCGGAGAUACCGCUGUGUGUGUGUAUCACAGAGGGCAUCCCCCAGCAGGACAUGGUCCGAGUCAAACACAAGCUUGUCAGGCAGAGCAAGACCAGGCUCAUCGGACCAAAUUGCCCUGGCAUCAUCAAGCCAGGAGAAAUUAAGAUAGGAAUCAUGCCAGGACACAUUCACUUGAAGGGGAAAAUCGGAAUUGUAUCUCGAUCUGGCACUUUAACAUAUGAAGCAGUGCACCAGACUACAGAGACAGGGCUUGGGCAGUCCUUGUGUGUCGGAAUAGGUGGAGAUCCCUUCAAUGGCACAAACUUCGUGGACACCCUUGAAUGCUUCUUACAAGACCCACACACAGAAGGUAUUGUCCUGAUUGGUGAAAUUGGUGGUGGAGCCGAGGAGAAAGCUGCUGAGUUCCUGAAAGAAAACAACAGGGGACCAAAUGCCAAACCAGUGGUUUCGUUUAUCGCUGGUUUGACAGCUCCCCCUGGGCGCCGUAUGGGACAUGCUGGUGCCAUCAUUGCUGGUGGUAAGGGGGGUGCCGAGGAGAAAAUCGAGUCUCUGAGAGCAGCAGGUGUUGAGGUGACCAUGUCCCCAGCUCAACUAGGAGUCACCAUGGCCAAGGCUAUGCAGAAGGCGGGGAGAUAACUGCUGCUGGAAUGAAUGGCUGUAACCGUGUGCCAGGAGUGCGACCUUUGAUUCAUGUACAGUGUUACCAGUAGUCAGUCUUGGGUUAAGUUGGUAGUUGGUGCCAUACCAUUGGGGCAACUGGUUUACCUGCUGCCUGAUGCAUGCAACCAAUGAAUGACCAGUGUGGCAAACAUUGAUGACAGUAGGAGGGGCAGCCACAUGCUGUAUAAGUGAUGCUUAAUGCUCUAUUUCAUCAAAAACAUGUAUGUCAAAAUCGAAAAAUGUCUCACAGCUGUUCAAAAUUGGUUGAAUAGGACACAAAAUGAAUUUUUGAAGAUGAAUGACUGGUUUGCAAGGGAAAGGUAGUGGUAUGGGCAUUGCAUUAAAUAAAUUGACUUAUUGUCGGUAUCCGUGAUAGUUUUGCUGUGAGUCUUUGAACGGAGGGGAUGCAAGACAAGACUCUGAUGCAGUCAUUUCAUCACUGUUAAAGUUCAUUGGAUGAGAGAGGCGUCCACUGUUAUGGAUAUUUUCAUCUCUGAGGGUACUGAUGUGAUGUAUGGACAAGAAUAGUUUUGUCUUUGAGGCCAAGGUGGCAUCUUUGACUUUUUGUUCAAGGGAAAUACCUUUGACUGAUACAAGGCACUCCCCCCAUUUAUAACAGAUAGUAUAUUUAUACUCAUUUAUAUGUAAUCAGAUAUAUGUACUGAUCGUAGGUACUCCCAUUAUGACCUUCAGUUUCGCAAUAUGUGAUGGUGCAGUGCCCAGUUGUGUCCAAUGAAUGGCAUUACCCCUCGUGAAAACUCCAAUCACAAAGAAUGUAAAUGUACUAAAGUUAUAUUGUUCAUAAUUUUAUGUUGAUUGAGAAUUGAUAUUUCCUGCACCAAAGGUCAAAUAAACUAAAGUUUGACCCUUA